GUCCUGGCUCGGAGGAACCUCCGGACCAGAACAAGCGGGACCUGAGGGGGGCAUGAACGGCCGUGAGCUCAGCGAGCUCCCGGACGAGUCGGAGCAGCUCAGGCCGUUCGUGGUGAGCCUGAGGCGGUCACUGUCCGAGGAGCUGCCCGCUGCCCGGGUCCUCUCUGACGGCUUCCUCAUCAAGUUCCUGCGGGCCAGAGACUUCGACACAGCGCAGGCACUCAAGCUACUGUUGAACUACCUGCAGUGGAGGAGGGCGAGUCCUGAAAUCAGCAGCUGCCUGUCUCCCUCUUCUGUGCUGGGUCUCCUGAACACAUCUUACCACACCGUCCUCCCACAAAGGGACCACACCGGCAGCAGGGUGCUCAUUUACAGGAUCAGUCAGUGGAACCCAAAGGACUGGUCGGCCUUUCAGGUGUUCAGGGUCAGCCUGAUGACUUCAGAAAUUAUCUCUAUGGAGACGGAAACUCAAAGGCGAGGGCUGAAGGCCAUCUUUGACCUGAAAGGGUGGAGUCUUGGCCACGCCUGGCAUAUUAACCCUUCUCUUGCUAAGAAGAUAUCUUCUGUACUUUCGGAUUCUUUCCCACUAAAAGUAAGAGGAAUCCAUCUGGUCAAUGAGCCAAUGUUCUUCCGCCCAGUUUUUGCAAUGAUCCGGCCCUUCCUGCCCGAAAAGAUCAAACAGAGGGUUCACAUGCACAGCACGGAGUUCCACAACACAUUAAGAGAUUUUUUCCCGCAGCAGAUCUUGCCUCCAGAAUAUGGAGGGCAGGGGCCCGGGAUAGAGGAGGCCUGUCAGGACUGGACCCAUCAGCUGCUGCAGUCUGAGGACCUCCUGAAGCAGAUUGCUGAACAUCCAACUGGUGACGUGUCCAGGGUUCUUGGCGACUCUUUGAUCUCAGAGGAAGUUGAGAGUAAAGAACCUUCUGAAGGAUGAUGUUU